AUGGCUCUCCAGGACAUUCUCAGCAAGGACGUCCAUCCACGGGCUGCCUCUUGGCCUCGGCCGCCGCCCGGUGGGCCAGUGGCGACCCCCCCGUUCCUGCUGUCCCACGGCACCACCACCCUAGCCUUCCGCUGCCGUCACGGGGUGGUGGUGGCAGCAGACACUCGUUCUUCCUGCGCGGGCCUGGUGGCCAACCCGUCCUCCCGCAAGGUCAUCACGCUCCACCCGCACCUCCUGGCAACCACGUCUGGGACCUCGGCCGACUGUGCCACUUGGCUCCGUCUCCUGCGUUGCUCCCUCCGCCUGAGGCAGCUCUCGGAAGGGCAGCAGCCCAGUGUAGCUGGGGCGGCCAAGCUGCUAGCUUUCCUGCUGCGGGGAUGCCCCAACAAGGAUCUCUGCGUGGCCACCCUGCUCUGUGGCUGGGAUCACCAAGGACCUGGCUUGCAUUAUGUCUACAGUGACGGGACUUGUUUCUCCGGAGAUGUUUUGGCCGUCGGGUCUGGAUCCACUUACGCCUACAGUGUGUUGGAUGGCGCCUAUCACUACGAUCUGCCACAGGCAGAGGCUUUCUUGCUGGCCCGCCAAGCAGUGGCUCACGCUGCUCACCGAGAUGCCUAUUCUGGUGGCAACGUGGACCUCUACCACGUCCGGCCAAACGGAUGGGUCUGUCUGUCGCGGGAAGAUCUGACUCAAGUUUAUCACGGCUUGGAGCUCAGAGCCGAAGAGGACGGAGACUGCAGAGGGGAGCCGCACGAAGACACCAACUAA